AUGGCUCCAGUCACCACUGCACCGGCUCUCCUGUCGCCAGAGAUUCGCGCUACGGCCCAGCGCUCUGGCGUAUCCCUUUCUCAGAUUGCACCUCCACCGCGCCCCCCGACCUUCCCAUCCGGGAGUACUCAACGGGCUAUCCUGGCCAGCCAGAGGGACAUUGCUGAGCGUGCGAUCCUUGCUAGUCAGGGAGCAGCACCCCCUCUCCAGCUCAACGGCGGCUUCCUCUCCGACAGGAAGCCGCACAGAGGCGACCUGGGCAUCACCCACAACAGCCUGGGUCAAGGACUGCCGCCACCGCAGCGGCAGCAAGUUCGCGCCGCAAUCUCUCGACCGCCAAAGCCGCCGAAGCCAAAGCCCCCGAAGCCGCCCAAAGAGCCAAAGCCUCCACGCGGACGAUUCCACCCUUUCGGCCCAUGGGCACUACCACACCUUGUCGAGCCGGGCACCGGUGGCCAGCCACUCUGGGCAGAUGCGCUCCAGCGCCUCAGGGUGGCUGAGUCGGUCGGCCUCCCUGUCGACAAGGAUAUCGAUCGCAUGUUGAUGCGCGCGACUGAAACGACGCAGAAGGCCGAACGCUUUGUCGCGCGCCAGCAGCGCGAGGAGGAGCUGAGGCGGAGAUUGGCCGAGACUGCUCGACUUGCUGUUGAGCGUGCGGCGCAACGAGCGGCACUCGCAGCAUUGCCGCCAGCGCAACGCCCCCCGAAACUGAAGCCCCCUAAGCCGCCGCGCCCCCCGAAACCGCCGAAAGAGAAGAAGUUCAAGGAGACGAUGUCGAACCUCAUCCUCCCUGAUUCCAGUUCUUUCGACCUCAGGCGGUCGUAUGCGGGCGUGGAGCGACGACCGGGUAGGAAGAAGAAGGUUGCGACGGAUGCCAUGGCGGAGGUAGCUGUUCCUGACGCAGAUGUCGCUGCCGCAGCCGUCGCCGCCACUGCUCUGCCCGCCGAUUCGGGAGCCCCAGCUUCCGGAGAGGCUGGCUCGGGUCAAACCGAGGCCGCUCCUCCGGCAGAGCCAGAGCGGAGUGCUACGGAGGCGUCGGGAGAGGCUGAAGCAGCGGAGCCACCCGCUGAGGACUCUGCGCCCGUGGAAGCUACGGAGCCAAGCGUCGAGUCACAGCUCGAACGCGCGGCGCUCGUGGCGGAAAUCAGCGAGGCUGUGGGCGUCCCAGGCGACGUGGCCCCUACUGCCGACGAUACGGCAGCCGUUACGGUCGAAGAAGCGCCAGCGCCAUCCGGCGUUGAGGCAUCUUCAGCGGAGGACGUAGCGGUCGAAGUUGCUGUGCCUGUGGCCCAUGUGGCAGAUACAGAGCCACCUGUUGAACAGGCAACGGACAAAGUUCCUCCCCUCGAUCAGGCGGUCGAGGAAGCAGCUCCGGUCGACCAAGCGACGGACGGAGCAGCUGAGGCCACUCAGGCAGUCGAAGUCGCUGCCCGGCCUGGCAAGGGGGCCGAGGCAGUCGAGCAACCCUGCCAAGCUGCUCAAGUGGAAACGGCUACCGGAGCAGUGGAAGCCGAAGAAGCCUCCCAGCUCGACCAGGCUGCUCAACUGGACGCGGUGACGGAGGCAAUGAAUGCGGAAGCAGACGCCUCGGACAACGACUCGGAUGCGGCAGAGGCAGAUGCCGAUCCUGAGGGUGACGGAGAAGCCGACCAGACGAUGGAUGUCGACGAACCCGCAUUGGACCGUUGGGACGAGGAAGACGAAGUGGUCGAAGUCGACUACGAUGACGAGGAGGCGGCAAUGAACGAGCCCGACGCUGGAUACGACGGUGAGGCGGACGAAGAGGCCGAUGAGGAAGAAGCGGACGAAGUUCUCGAUGUGGACGCCUACAACGACUACCCGGAGGUCACCUUCGUGGCAGACUCUGAGGAGGAAGACGACGACGAUGACCGCGAUGACUAUGUUGAAGUCACGUAUGUUGCGGAUUCUGACGAGGAGCGCGCCAUCAACGAGCCGGCGGAACCGAAGAAACGCAAACCGUACAAGAGGCGCCGUCCUCCGCCAGCUGUCCCUCGACGUGUAUUCUACGGCACGGCGCCGACCAUAGCGCGCCCUCGGCCGGUCAAGCGGCGUAGGAUUCAGCGGGCGUACGUUGAAAUCGUGACGAGGAACCUCUACUCCCUCCGGAACCAGGCCGCCAGCGACUUUGAAGACGAGCUCGAGUGGUCGGACAACGACCGGCCGUCGCGUCCUAUCAUGAUCACGCAGAGACCGCCACCGCGUUCCGUGUGGGCGACGCCAACGCGCGUAAUCUCGCUCGCUCGCACACAGCACAAGUCGUCAGGCUACAUCGUUGUGGAGAAGCAUACGCUACCAGACCUCACACCGCUAGUCAUUCGAAAGCUCCAUCCGCCUCUCCACUUCUUCCCCUUACUGCCCCCGCCUACGCCACGACCCCGCCAUGUGACCCCGGAGCCUGCGGCGUCCAUCUCUGACUUUGGUGGAGACGGAGGAGACACUUUCUGGGAGCCGCUUGGAGGUGCGGAUAUUGAGGACGUUGCUCUCCUCCAAGACGUGGGCAUCAGUCCUCUGAGAUCGCCGGCAGUGAGAACUGCACCACGCUCGCCGCUCCUCCCGAUACAGGCGGCUCGCCCCUCGUCGCCUCUUCUCAGCGCGCGCAAGUCAUUCGUCACGCCAUCCAGACCCGCCUGGCAACCAGAAGCACCGCCCCUGCCGUCGGUGCUCACCCUGCGUUCGCUCCUCACCACGCCUACGUCCUCCUCGUCGACACCAGCCGCCGCCGCCCCGGAGGUACGACCAACACCUACACCCACCCAACAGUCGGAUGCUCUCGAUACCGAGUUUGCGUCCGAGGCAGCCAACAUCCAGAACUCGUAUGACUCGGAGCUCGACGCCGAGAACGCUCGCUUCGCUGCCCUUCUCGAGGCGGAGAGGCAACGCCACGCCCGCGCCGUCGCGGCCCUCGCGUCGCGAUACAAGGGCCAAGUGGAGCGCUUGAACCACGAAGUGGUGCGCACCGCGAAUGAAAUAGAAGGGGGACCGCCGGCGGAGACUGCAACGCAGCCUGCAGCAGCCCCAGACGCAUAA